CCUGUUUAUCAAUCAUUAGCUGUGUUAGUCAGUAGUCACAAAAGAAGAUAGAAAAUUAAGAGAUAUGAGAGAAGAGAAGGUUAUAGUGAGGGUGUUCGACAAGGAGAAGGACAGGCACGGCGCCAUGGCCGUAGAGGAGAUGUGCGAGGUUGGGCCAAGCGGUAAGAUGUCCCUCUUCACCCACCUCUGUGACCCCGUUUCCCGCGUUUGCCACUCACCUGCCUUUCACAUGCUGGUAGCCGAAACGGCUGGGCCGGAGAAACAGAUCGUGGGCCUUAUCAGGGGCUGCAUCAAAACCGCCACCUGCGGUAAGAAACCCUUCCGUUGUCCCGCGAAACACCAGACCCCUAUCUACACCAAGCUCGCUUACAUCCUCGGCCUCCGCGUCUCCCCUUCCCACCGGCGGUUGGGCAUUGGGUUGAAGCUAGUGAAAGAAAUGGAAGAAUGGUUUAGAGAGAAAGGGGCGGAGUACGCUUACAUGGCGACGGACAAAGACAACGAAGCAUCAGUGAAGUUGUUCACCGGGCGGUGCGGAUACUCAAAAUUCAGAACCCCUUCAAUCCUCGUCCACCCAGUGUUCGCCCACCGCCUCUCGUUCCCUCGCCGCGUCACCAUCCGCCGGCUCUCAAUCGCCGACGCCGAGACCAUCUACCGCCGCCGCUUCGCCACCACCGAGUUCUUCCCCCGCGACAUCAACACCGUCCUCAGCAACCGCCUCUCGAUCGGCACCUUCAUUGCCGUCUUCUCCAAUCCAAGAUCAAAACCCGAUGAAUGGAUCAACGCCGAAGAAUUCCUCAAAAACCCACCGGAGUCGUGGGCGGUGCUGAGCGUGUGGAACAGCAAGGAGGUGUUCAGCAUGGAGGUGAGGGGGGCGUCGAGACUACGGCGCGCGCUGGCGCGCGCAAGCAGGGUUGCCGAUCGCGCGUUGCAAUGGCUCCAGAUCCCAUCGAUUCCAGAUCUCUUCCACCCAUUCGGGCUUUACUUUCUCUACGGGUUGGGUGGGGAGGGGCCGAGGGCGGUGGAGCUGGUGCGUGCGCUGUGCGCGCGCGCGCACAACCUAGCGCGCGACGGCGGGUGCGGGGUGGUGGCGACGGAGGUGGCGGCGUGCGAGCCGCUGCGCGGUGGGAUCCCGCACUGGCGAAGGCUAUCGUGCGCGGAGGAUCUUUGGUGUGUGAAGAGGCUCGCGGAGGAUUAUAGCGACGGGUCCGUCGGUGACUGGACCAAGUCGUCUCCCCCGCCGUCGAUCUUCGUGGACCCGCGAGAGUUCUGAUCGGAUCGAACGGUCACGAGACACUCCUGUUUUUUGUAACAGAAUAUCCCACAUGUGUAAAUUAGCGCGCCCUUUUUUUUGGAAUUUUCCCUCCUUUUUUUUUUCUUUAACUGAAA